UAGACUAAAAAUUUAUUUUCAAAUAUUUAAUUAACUUAUGCCUUAUAUAGCAAAGUUCAGUUGAUUAUAGGUCCUAGGAUUUAAAAAAAAUCAUUUUCUGUUUGCGAAUCCUGAAUCCAGAUCCUAAUAUCAAAAUCACCAAACAAACAAAAUACAGAAAAAAGUGCUUUUUGCUUUAUAAUUCUAGUUCUAUGUGAAACUACUGAAAUGUAAAAUCAAAUUUGAGCCUUAAAUCAAAUUAAUUUGACUUUUAUGGGGAAAACUUAGUUUCCAGGUAGAGCUGGGUUUCUAAGCUAAAAUUAUGUAUAUUUACUUAUUUUAUUUUAGUUUCAGAUGACUGAAUUAAAAGAUGGACAAUGGAGAUCAGCAACUCAUGGAAGGGAAGAGAAGAAGGAUGGAUUAGGACAGACUGUAGCCUCACACUACAAUAAGUUGGAGGAGAAGGGUAUACAACAUAGGGUUGAGAGUAGAAUAUACUUUAUGAGAAAUCUCAACAAUUGGAUCAAAUCUAUGCUGAUCCAGGACUAUAUUGGUAAACUUGGAGAUCCAAGCAAAUUAAACAUAUUGGACCUAGGCUGUGGAAAAGGUGGAGACCUGCUAAAGUGGGAGAGGAGUAGAGUCCAUCAUGUUGUUGGACUAGAUAUUGCCGAGACUAGUAUAGAACAGUGUAAAGACAGAUACGAUAAAAUGAAGCAAAAGUCUCGUGGACGUUCAUUUAGUGGAGAGUUCUACGCAGCAGACUGUACUAAAGUUAGGACUAGGACGCUUUUCCAGAAUCCAGAAAUCCAGUUUGACCUCGUGAGCUGUCAGUUUGCAUUCCACUACUGCUUCGAGAGCCUGCCACAGGCUGAAUGCAUGCUGCGGAAUGCAUCAGAGAAUCUGAGGGUUGGCGGGUUCUUUAUUGGAACCACGCCCUGUGCAUACGAGAUCAUGUCGCGGAUUCAGAAAGCUGAAAGUAAUACUGUGGGGAACGCUGUGUACAGUGUAACCUUUGAGAACGGAGUUGAGGUAAACCCGCCAUUGUUUGGUAGCCAGUACUCCUUCCACCUGGAGGGGGUGGUGGACUGCCCAGAGUUCCUCGUCUACCUACCAGUCAUGGUCAAACUCGCGGAGAAAUACGGUCUCAUGUUAAUAGGGAAUGAAAGGUUUGGGAGAUAUUUCCACUCUAAGCAGAAAGGUGAAUCUGAGAAGAAUUUAUUACGGAGAAUGUUUGCUCUUGAACCAUUUCCUACGGAUAAUCUUGUAGCAGAGAGAGAACAAUAUACAUACGCUCAGAGCGUACUGAACGACGAGAUCCGUAUGGUUGGAACCCUGUCACAGGACGAGUGGGACGCAUUAAAUAUCUACACUGUAUUCGCGUUCAAGAAAAUGUCAGAACCAACAUUAGAAUAAUAUACUCAUCUAACUUUAAUAUUUCUUCAUCCAGUCCAAAGAAAUGCAGAGAUAUGUCCGAUGACCAUCAUCCAAGAAUGAAUUAUUCCAGGAAGAAAAAUAUUGAUCUCAAAUAAAUUCUUCUUUGAUA